AUGGUCCCCCUGGCUGCAAUUGCGCUAGUCGCCGGCCUGACGGCCCAGCCUGUGGUCGCCGACGUCAUUCGCCAGAUCAACUGGGAACCGGGUCAGGUCAAUACCCGGAUAUGCGAGUGGGGAGGUCUUAGAGCUACGGUCCUCCGGGAUGCCGUUUAUCUCGAUGGCGGCGAUCUAUACUGGGAGCCGGGCUUCGCUGAUGGAAGCGUCAAGCCGCCCAAGAUAGAUUACAACGCGGGCAUCAUCUGGACGCUCAACUUCAGCAAGCCCUUCAACACCUCGGAAAACAUUACCGCCAUCCUCGAGGAACUGCGCAAAACCCCUACCGGCGGCGGUAAUCUUCAACCGGACUACUACGAUGGCGCACUCCUCGGCAACAACGAGGAGUUCUUCCUCUUUGGCGGCAUGACCCGGCGCACCGGCGCCUUCGCCGAUCCGCCCGGCGACCGCGUCCUGACCUACCGGCGCUUCCAGUAUAGCGGGUUCAAGGACAACUUCGCGCCCUUUAUCGACACCAUGCUCCGGCCCAACACCACGCGAUACAUCACCUACGGCGGGGCAGCCAGCGCGCCGUCGGAGAACUUGGCAUGGUAUUUCUCCGGCCUGCGGGCCCCUGGCGGCGGGCCAAUUCACACCCCGUCGGGCGCAAGCGACGAGACGCACGCCGUCGAGGUCUCCAAUUCGCUGAUCGUCGUUGACCUGUCCGAUCAACAGCAAGAGACCUUCACCAACUACACUCUGCCGCCCGACAUUCCCGGUCGAGCCAACCCCGAGCUAGUCUGGGUGCCCGUCGGCCAGCGCGGUAUCCUCGUCGCCCUGGGUGGCGUCAUCUACCCCGAUUUCGUCGACGUCGUAGACGGCAAAUCGGCCAACGAAACAGCGAGCAAGGAGAUUAGCCCGACCUUCAUGACCACCAUCGACAUCUACGACGUCGCCAGCGGGAAAUGGUACCGCCAAGGCACGAGCGGAGGAGGUCCGGGACAGCUGACGCGCGGAUGUGCCGUCGUUGCUCGCGCGCAGGACGCGUCGAGCUUCAAUAUCUACUGGUAUGGCGGGUACGAUGGGCUGAAUCGCAAGCAGCCGCUUAAUGAUGACGUUUGGGUGCUGAGCUUGCCGUCGUUUACUUGGACCAAGCUGGUGAGCAGCAAAAGGGAGGGCCGCGCCGGACACAAGUGUGUCAUGCCCUAUCCGGAUCAGAUGUUUGUUAUCGGCGGGUACCUGGGCCGGUUCGGGAAUCGCGUGGAGUGUCUUCCAGAGACUAUCCGCGUGUUUAAUCUCUCCUCGGGCGAGUGGAUGACCCGCUAUGAUCCCGCUGUCUGGUCAAAUUACACCGUGCCCACAGCCGUACGCGAGAAGAUCGGCGGGACCGGAACCGGCGGCGCAACGCUGACCACGCCGAGUCCGUCGGGCUGGGCGGACAAGGAGCUGGCCAAGAUCUUUGACACGCCAUAUCCGACUAGCAAGAUCACGACCUACUAUCCAUACGAGUCGCUUGCGCCGACGGAUAACACCAACCCGACGAUCCCGGUGCCCACAGACUCCACCAGUCACGACCGUGACGGCGGCGUACCGUCAUAUCUCCCUCCGGUCCUGGGCUCCGUGCUGGGCUUGGUCUUCCUGACUAUGGUCGCGGUGCUGAUCUUACUGUGGCGGAGAAGAAAGCUGUUGCGUGGUGCUGUUAGCGAGGCCGGGACGGAGGAGGCUAGUCGGCGCCGGAUCAGACAAUGGCUACGCGGUCAGCCGACCGUCGUCAAGACGCCGACGGUCACCAGCUCGGAUUAUCUCCCACAAAGUGUCCUGGAUGCGGAGAGUAAUGUGUCUUCGCUGCCGACCCUGCCCCCGCAAAUGACCAUCGCCGAGAUGAUGGAUACGGAGAUCAAGCCACUUGUUGAAUUGCCCGCCGAUCCCCCUGCCAGAGCAGAACUCCAAGGGCCCGCAACCAAGACCCCUUCCUCAAACAUCUACGGCUAUUACGGCCCGUGCCGCACCGACUUCGCCCUGACCCCUCCCUCGGGCUUGAGUACCGCAUCUCCGACCAUCUCAACGCCUUCUCCAGCCCCCGGUACCGGCACAACCCCCAGCAGCGGUGCCACCGGCCCCUGCCCUGCCCCUACUAGUACGGGAACUUCCUCUCAAACCUCCCCCGAAUCCCCAGUCGUCUACCACUCCAACACAGCCAUCGUACCCCCAGGCGUAACAGCAACCUCUUCCCCCACAUCUCCUGCUGCAGAAAAAGACGACAUCUCCCGCCUGCGCAACUCCCCCCAAGACCAGCCACCCUACGACCGCAUUGUCUCCCAGAUCUCGAACCUCUCUGAGCGCGAUCGCGCCCAUCUCAGACAACUGAGCGACACGACCGUGAGCUCGGUCACCACGGCUGUUGGGUCUCCUGAUCCCAAUACUAACACCGGGACGGGGAGGGUACCCGGCGGGGUGUCGGGCCUGACGGAGGGGGAUGUGAUUCCUACUCCUGGGCAGGGACCUUCUUCAGGGUUGGGAGGGAGAGAAAGCCCCAUGUUGAGGUUGAGGGUUGUGCCUAGUGUGGGGGGUGGGGUGCCGGGGAGUCCGGCACGGAGGAGUAUGUUUACAGAGAGGGCAGAGGAUAUGGUGGAUGAGAGGAAGUAA